AUGGCCCACCCUGGACAUUCCGUGAGCCCUGCAGGCGCCGCGUCGGACAAGCUGGUGGAGCAUACUGGGAGCAACAUUACGCUGACGAGGCACGACGUGGCCACCUUGGCCCCCGGCGCCUGGCUGAACGAUGAGGUCAUCAACCUGACAAUGACGCUGCUGCAAGAGAGGGACACCUCGGCCCGCAAAGCCCAGAAGUCGUGGCCGAAGACCCACUUCUUCAGCACCUUUUUCUGCAACAAGCUGUACAAGGACGGAGGGUACACCUACGCUCAGGUGCGCCGCUGGACGACCCCCAAGCGACUGGCGGCGGCGGGACAGGCCAGCCCCUGCCUGUUGGACUGCGAUCGCAUCGUGGUGCCGGUUCACCAGGGCAUGCACUGGGUGUGCGCCGUGGUGGACUUGAGAAACCAGGAACUGAGGUACCUGGAUGCCCUCAAGGGCGAGGAUGAGGGGUGCCUCGAGGCCCUGGCAAAAUGGCUGCGCGAUGAGUUCAAGGACAAAAGAAAGGAGGAGCGUGCCGAUGUGCUCAAGUGGCCCAGGAAGUUCCCGAAGACCGUCCCGCAGCAGUACAAUGGGUACGACUGCGGCAUGUUCUUGCUGCAGUUUGCAGAUUUCGAGGGUCGAGGGGAGGCCAUGACCUUCACACAGGCAGACAUGGAGGCAUACCGCAUAAAGACUGUGCUGGAUCUCAUGGACCUGUGCAUAGCAUGA